CGGCAUGUGUGAUGACGGCAUGUGGCCGGGAGAAGGGGUUCUCGCCGGUGACCGGCAGUGAGCGAUGACCAGACUUCUGGGCGUGGUGCACAGAGUGGCUUUGGCUGCCGUACAUUGCAGUGGCCGCAGCUGCCGCGGGCUCGCCAUGUUUUAUGCCGUGAGGAGGGGCCGCAAGGCCGGGGUCUUCCUGACCUGGGAUGAAUGCAGAGCCCAGGUGGACCGGUUUCCUGCAGCCAGAUUUAAGAAGUUUGCCACAGAAGAGGAAGCCUGGGCCUUUGUCAGAAGCUCCACAAACCCUGAUGGUUCAGAAGGGCAGAAAAAUAAAUGUGUACAGGAAUCACAAGUGGAGGCAAACAAGCGACUUCAUGAGCCCUUAGAUGAAGCUGAAGGUGAAACCACAGAGCCAUGUGCAAAGCAUGUGAAACUGAAUGCAGAACCGCUGCCUUCAGUGAGCAAAGACACGUUUUCUUAUAUGGGGCACUCUGUCGUCGUCUACACGGACGGCUGCUGCUCCAGUAACGGGCGGAGGAGGGCUCGAGCAGGAAUCGGUGUUUACUGGGGGCCAGGCCAUCCUUUAAAUGUAGGAAUUAGACUUCCUGGGCGGCAAACAAACCAAAGAGCAGAGAUUCAUGCAGCCUGCAAAGCCAUCGAACAGGCAAAGGCUCAGAACAUCAAUAAGUUGGUUCUCUACACAGACAGCAUGUUUACUAUCAAUGGCAUCACCAAUUGGGUGCAAGGCUGGAAGAAGAGUGGAUGGAGGACAAGCACAGGGAAGGAGGUGAUCAACAAAGAGGACUUCGUGGAGCUGGACAGGCUGGUCCAGGGCAUGGACAUCCAGUGGAUGCAUGUUCCUGGCCAUUCGGGAUUUAUAGGCAACGAAGAAGCUGACAGAUUAGCAAGACAAGGCGCGAAGCAACCUGAAGACUGACCAGGUUCCAUCUCCAUCUCUGUUCUUACGGUCUGUCUGUUGAAGAGCCUGAGCCAUUUGUCCCGUCGUUUCCCACUGUCAGUUUUGUUGCUCGCGACCUCGAGGUGCUCUCCAGUGUUUUACUCUGUCCUCGGUAUUUCCUGCAAAUUGGCGGCUGGAUCCAGAGGCUUGAUCACAGUCAGGCUCCACCCCUCGGGCACGUGUGCUACAUGCUUUCAUCAGAAGGCGGGGCGGUUUCAUCCUGUUGUUGGCAGCUGCCAGCGCCCGGGGCCUAGAUCCGUUAAUUAGGUCGCAGGACGCUGGUAUGCUGUCAUUUUGCUUACGUUUAUUGGCUGGAACAGUUUUAGAAGAUACUUCCCCUCACCUCAUGCUGGCGCUCAGUGUAGAAUUCAUGUACAAAAGGCGAGAUAAAUGCUAAGAGUGGCUCCCGGUCAUCCUAAAAAGGUAGCCCAAUCGGGGCUUUUAUUUAUAUAUUUUUAUGACAUGUAAACAUGUGUAUAUGUCAUGAACUCAUGUACUUAAACCUGUUUGAUGGGUUUCAGUCCAUUGCAGUCUUCCUCCUUAUUUAACCCAAAUUGCAGUGGCUUUGGCCUGUAAGAGGGAGCCUCCUCAAGUUGGCUCUUGAUUUCUUUUGAUAUUCAUUAUGUACACGUGUGCACAGACACACACUGACCACACACAGACACACGCACGCACAGACUGUGCACACGGUCAUAGAGAGCUUUCUUGCAGUCUGAGGUGUCAGGGUGUUCUAGACCCAUCUUGUACCUGUCCUGCUCUGGGCCUGGAAUUGGCUU